AGCCUAUAUUCAAUUGAUGUCCAAACCCUGAAAUAAGCAAAUGGGAUAAAAAAAGCGAUUCAAAAUUGGCCCACCUGUAUUCUACACACCAUUGUGUUUGAUUUAAUGCAUGAUGAAGGUUCAAAAUAUCAACAGCUGAUGAUGACAACACGAUACCGUCCGAUAUCUUCAGAUAUAUCAAAUCAAAUCAUCGCGCAUUGCUUGUUCACUUUAAGUUUAAUAUGUUAGAAAACUGAUUCCAUAAAAAAAAUGAACCGAUUUGAGUACUGUCAGGCACGCCUGGGAGAAAAUGAAUCAUUUGUAGCUAAGGAGCGCAAUAUCAAGCUUUAUGAUGGAGAUGAAAAAACCAGUUAUGAGGACGGCGAGUUGGUGCUGACCAGCCACCGCCUGUUGUGGGGACGCAACGGUGAAAUCGCUCGGGGAAGCAGCGCCUUAUCACUUCGACUGAAAUACGUUCAAUCAUUCGACGAAGAGGAAGCUAGCUCGAUGCUGUUUGGAAGGAAAAGGCGCAUCAUUCUACGCUUGGCUCGUGUGAUGCCAGAUAAAGUUCCAGGGCCGAUGGAUCACAGUGUUUCGUCAUUCAUUAAAAUAUCGGGCAGAAAUGGAGUAGAUCCAGCGUUUGUCCAGGCACUACGCGUAACAGUUGCUGCCAAAAUCUGGGCAGUUACGGAAGAAGAAAGCUCGGAAACCGAAAAUCCAGCACCUUCUAACAGAGUACUCCGGACCGGCAUUAUGGGUAUCGAGAGAAAAUUGGCGGAGAAACAAAAACAAACCGACGAUAACAUUAGCUUGGCUUUUAAGGAUUUGAGUAAGCUAAUGGAGAUGGCAAAGGAUAUGGUCGCGAUAUCGAAAGUGGUCAGCACCAAGAUAAGAGACCGCCAGGGUGAUAUAUCUGAGGACGAAACCGUUCGAUUCAAAUCAUAUCUGAUGAGCCUUGGUAUAGACGAUCCCGUGACAAGAGAUGGCACCAGAAGCAAUUCAGAAUAUUUUAUGAAGCUAUCGCAGCAACUCUGUGAGAUGCUUCUUGACCCCAUUACGGAAGCCGGAGGGAUGAUGUCUCUGGCAGACGUGUACUGUAGGGUAAACCGAGCGCGUGGAUUAGAACUGCUCUCCCCGGAGGAUCUAAUGGAAGCGUGCAAGUUGCUGAUAGGACCAAUCAAAUUGAGACAAUUCCCAAGUGGCGCAAUGGUUUUGCAAUUGGACAAUCACGACGAUGAACUUGUUUCUCAAGAGACGGUCGAAUUAGCCGAAAAGAACACAUCGAUUAGCGCUGACGAAUUGGCACGUAUUGUAGGAAUUUCUCUGCUGCUAGCAAACGAACGGUUACUAUCAGCCGAAAGUAUGGGCAAGCUUUGCCGUGAUGAAUCUAUAGAAGGCCUCCGUUUUUAUCCUAAUUUAUUUCUUUAAUAAAGCCAUUUGACCAAAUCA